AAGUAGAAGUUUUAAAUUGUCUUUAUUUGCCUGCAGGUUUCAUGAAGGAGAGCAUUAGAGUAAGUACUGAAGGCAAGAACACAGUGAGAGUAGGUGGAGAAUUUUUUAUAGGAAGCAACACAUGGUGUCGCUUCCAAGAAGAUUUUCAAGCACCUGAUGAUUGUAACAUGAAAAGGAUCAAUGUCAAAUUUGAGGAUGGAAUGCUCACUAUCACUAUGCCACGAAAAAUGCCCAGGCAAUUAUUAGAUGAACAAACAAAACAAUUUCCUCACAGAAUCCCUCAGAAGGAUGAUCAUAUUCCUCCCAGAAACAAUCAUUCAACUGAUGAAACACCAAGAAAACCACCCCCUUUAAAACCCACAGCUCAACAUGCUGACAAAGAUAAAGAUUCUACAAGAAAUGAGACAUUGGGGAGUGCUGAAUCAUCAAAGACUCAAAAGGGUAAUAAUGUUCCUCCCAGAACAACUUAUCCAACUACUGAAGCCGCCCCAAGAAAACCAACCCCUUUAAAACCCACAGCUCAACAUGCUCACAAAGAUCAAGAUUCUACAAGAAAUGAGAUAUCGGGGAGUGCUGAAUCAUCAAAGACUCAAAAGGGUGAUAAUGUUCCUCCCAGAACAACUUAUCCAACUACUGAAGCCGCCCCAAGAAAACCAACCCCUUUAAAACCCACAGCUCAAUUGCCAAAGCCUCAAAAUGCUGACAAAGAUCAAGAUUCAGGAGUGAAGGAAAAUAAAUUCUCUGACGACCAAUUGAUGAGCACCGAAUCAUCAAAGACUCAAAAGGGUGAUAAAAAUAUAGAUUUUUCAGCUCUUAGAACAAUUCCAUUAGGAAAAACUAGUGGUGAGAAGGAAAGAUCAAAAGAUGAGAAGAAAAUCUUGGAAGGUCUAGUAGGUAGUAUUGAGCCAAAGGGUGAUAAUGUUCCUCCCAGAACAACUUAUCCAACUACUGAAGCCGCCCCAAGAAAACCAACACCUUCAAAACCCACAGCUCAAUUGCCCAAGCCUCAAAAUGCUGACAAAUAUCAAGAUUCUGGAGUGAAGGAAAAUAAACUAUUUGACGACCAAUUGAUGAAUGUCGAAUCAUCAAAGACUCAAACCUUCAAAACCCACAGCUCAAUUACUCAAAAGGGUGAUGAAGAUAUAGAUUUUCAAUCUCUUAGAACAACUCCAUUAGGAAAAACUAGUGGUGAGAGGGAAAAAACAAAAGAUGAGAAGAAAAUCUUGGAAGGUAUAGUAGGGAGUAUUGAGUCAAAGAUUCAAAAGAGUAAAGAAGAAAACUUGGAUCAUAACAGAACACAGUUGAUAGAAAGUGGCAAGGAAGUUGAAAUGAAGGAGAGGCAUGAUGCAGGAGGAAAGAUUGUUUCUGAAAAGAGUGAAGAUUUAAGAAAAAAGUUUCAAGAAAAGGAAGAAGAAAAAAUGGCAACGAGACCAAGAGGUGGUGGCGUUGGACCUAAUCGCCCUAAUCGGGGACCUGCAGCACGCCCAGUUUACGAAGAUUUUAGGCCUGUUUAUGAGCGGCAUCAAGAUGAAGAAGCUGAAAAACUGAUUAUUUAUCUUCCUGGUUUCAUGAAGGAGAGCAUUAGAGUAAGUACAGAAGGCAAGAACACAGUGAGAGUGCGUGGAGAACGGGUUGUAGGAGGCAACAAAUGGCAUCGAUUUCAAGAAGAUUUUCAUGCACCUGAUGAUUGCAACAUGAGAGGCAUCCAUGCCAAAUUUGAGAAUGGAAUCCUCAUUAUCACUAUGCCAUGGAAAAUGCCAAAGCAGUUAUUAGAUGAACACACAAAACAAUCCCCUCCCACAAUCCCUCACAAGGAUGAUAAUAUUCCUCCCAGAACUAAUCAUCCAACUGUUGAAACCCCAAGAAAACCAACUCCUUUAAAACCCACAACUCAACAUGCUGACAAAGAUCAAGAUUCUACAAGAAAUGAGACAUUGGGGAGUGCUGAAUCAUCAAAGACAACUUAUCCAACUAUUGAACCCACCCCAAGAAAACCAACCCCUUUAAAACCCACAGCUCAACUGCCAAAACCUCAACAUGCUGACAAAGUUCAAGAUUCUACAAGAAAUGAGACAAUGGGGAGUGCUGAAUCAUCAGUGACUCAAAAGGGUGAUAAUGUUCCUCCCAAAACAACUUACCCAACUAUUCAAGCAGCCCCAAGAAAACCAACCCCUUUAAAACCCACAGCUCAAUUGCCAAAGCCUCAAAAUGCUGACAAAGAUCAAGAUUCUAGAGUAAAGGAAAUGAAAUUCUUUGACGACCAAUUGAUGAGCCCUGAAUCAUCAAAGACUCAAAAGGGUGAUGAAGAUAAAGAUUUUCCAGCUCUUAGAGCAACUCCAUUAGGAAAAACUAGUGGUGAGAGGGAAAAACCAAAAGAUGAGAAGAAAGUCUUGGAAGGUCUAGUUGGGAGUAUUGAGCCAAAGAUUCAGAAGAGUAAAGAAGAAAACAUGGAUCAGAACAGAACACAAUUGAUCAGAAGUGGCAAGGACGUUGAAAAGAAGGAGAGCCAUGAUGCAGGUGGAAAGAUUGUUGCUGAAAAGAUUAAAGAUUUAAGAGAAGAGUUUCAAGAAAAGGUUGGGCAGAAAGGAUCAAAAGAAAAGGAAAGUACAAGUAAUGUAUCUGCUGGUACCUCUUUUUAUCCUGGCAGUAUUGGCAACUUGAAGAAUAGCCUUGUGGAACUAAAUGAAGAGAGACAACUGCUUGUUAAUGCUGGAGCUGCUGUGAUGGUGAUUAUGGCUCUUGGGGUUUAUGUUUACUACUCCAUCGGAUCAGGGAGAACUGAGUAAAAACAACCAACACUUGAGUUACGUAAAAAUGUACAAAAUUUACAUGGAUUGUAAUGCUUUUAAUUUGUGCAAAUAAAAGAAAAUGGGGUUUACAUGUGCA